GCGUACGCCGUUCACCGGCCACGCCCUAAUUCGGAAAAAAAAAAAAAAGAAAAAAAGAAAAGAAAAGAAAAGAAAACCCCGAGCUCGUGGGUCGGAGUCGAGUAGCGACCCACCGCUCGCGCCGCGCUCCGAGUGAGUUGGAGAGCAUGGCGUAUCGGAGGAAGCACGCCGCCGCCUCCCCCUUCCCCUCCGCCUCCGCCUCUUCUAGGGUUUCCUCUACCUUCGAGGACUCCCGAUCCCCGCUCUCCUCCUCCUCCUCCUCCUUCUCCUCCUCUUCCUUCGCCGCCGCCGCCGCCGCCGCCGCCUCCUACGAGGGCUUCUUCCCGUCGCCGGCGACCGGCGAGGCGGAGGCGGCGGUGGCGGCGCCAUCGCUCGCCGCGCAGGCGAUCCGCGCCUCCGCCGCCCACCGCGACUCCUCCCUCUCCUCCGCCUAUGGCGAGUCCGCCGCCACCGCCGCGGCCGCUGCCCACCGCCGCGAAUCCGAUCGCCUGAGCUCGUCUCAUUCCCCAAGAGCUAGGGAUUCUGCUUAUGAGUAUACAUCAAUGAAAAGCUUGAAUGAGUCAAAAUACGGAUUUUGGGGGGUUUUGGCUAGAAAAGCUAAAGCAUUUCUUGAUGAAGAUAAUUCUUCUCCUGAUAGAAACCAUUCCCAAACACGUGAUCAAUCAACUCGUAGUCAGCUCCAUAAUUCGUAUCAACCACCGGAGGGUUAUCAAAAGGCCGAAGCUCCUCAAUCUCAGAAGAGUUCAGAUGCAAUUGCAUCUUCUUUUAACUUCAUUGGUGGCACAUUAAAGAAUGCCUUUGAAGAGGGUCGGACAAUUGUAGAGAAUAAGACAGCUGACAUCAUCCAUGAAACUCGUAAGUUAAACAUUCGGAGAAAAGAAAGUGGUGCAAAUCUAGAGAGUCAGACUGCUGCAAACUUUACACAACAAAAUCUUCCUCGGACUCGAACUGACUAUGAAACUCAACUGAAGGCAUCUCGCGACGUUGCAAAUGCAAUGGCUGCUAAAGCGAAACUUUUACUACGGGAGCUGAAGACCGUCAAGGCAGACCUAGCUUUUGCAAAGGAACGAUGUGCUCAGCUUGAAGAAGAGAACAAAAUACUGAGGGAAAGUCAUGAAAAGGGAGAUAGCCCCGAGGAUGACGAUCUGAUUCGGCUACAGUUAGAGACACUGUUGGCUGAGAAGGCGAGGCUGGCACACGAGAACUCGGUGUAUGCACGGGAGAACAGAUUCCUGAGAGAAAUUGUCGAGUACCACCAACUCACGAUGCAGGAUGUCAUCUAUGUGGACGAAGGCAUAGAAGAGGUGACCGAGGUUUACCCCACUCAGGUUCUUCCCCCGACACCAUCUCGCACAGGACACGAGUCGACAUCUCCUGCCGCUCCAACUACGCCCAGAAAGCCUACCACUUCACAGCCUUCUCCUCUAGCAACCACAAGCUCUUUCGUCCUACCGGAAACUUGCCCCAUCGUUCCUACCUCUCCUCAACCCUCUCCAUCUACUGCUGUGACUCCAAAUACAAGGGCUACCUCACCACCAGUAUAGUUUCGAAUGGGUGGGGUCCUACACGGUAAGAUUUUCCAAAAGCCCUUAUGCUUGAAAUCAUGUUUAGAUGAUGCUUUUGCUUGCCGUUACAGCUUUUACUGAGUGAUGGUUGUGAUGGUUCAUGUAAGAUUCUGCCACUCUGUUUGUGCUGUUUGUAACUUUGUAUGUGUAACUUGUCUGGUUCUUUGAACAUCA